AGCACAAUUUAGUUAAUAAGUUCAGUGAUCUUCGGUAUGGAUAAACACUCAACUCAAGAGCUUCUUCUUUCAAAUGGAAAUCUCCAAACGACAGAUUAUGUUAGUAAAGAAGCUGUCGUUUUCUCUUUAAUACUCAAAUGGAUUCUUAAGAUUGCAAUGUUGGCAGCUUUCAUUGCUUGGCUUACUGUUGUUUUCAUGUAUCCGAUAAAAUCAUUUCAAACAUGGCUUAAAAAUUGGAAUCAAGCCUUUGCUGAUUCUUUUCUUGGCUUUACAGGAGGUGUAUUUCUGAUAUUCAAUGGGCCACUCAUCAUUAUUGCAUUACUUUCUAUACCAUACCUUACCCUUUGCUCCAGGGAAGAGGAGCUCCAAAAGAAAGGGGGAGCAAAAAGAAGAGGUCACGGACUGGGGACAUUCCCAAUUGUUGUGGAUGGACCUUUUGGUGUAGUUUCUGCGGCAGAGUUCAUUGGGAUUCUAGUCUUUCUCGGAUAUAUCGCAUGGGUUGCUUGCAUUUACGCUGUGCAGAAGAUCAGUGUCAUUUUUACAAAUCCUGAGUAUACUAUUGGAGACAAAUGUGUGUCGUCUAGUCCUCUGGAUGGUAAAAAUCGCAUAUCUCUUCUCAUCAAAGCUGCUGGAGACUGGACAAAUGGACUUAACGACAAUGUUGAGACUAAUAAUAAGAUUAGAGCUUCUGUUGAAGGGCCUUAUGGUAAUCGGUUACCAUACCACUUGAUGUAUGAAAUUCUUGUUUUAGUAGCAGGUGGAAUUGGGAUAUCGCCAUUCAUUGCCGUUCUGAGUGAUGUUAUUCAUCGUAUUAAUCAAGGAAAGACAUGUCUUCCGAGAAACAUAACUCUUGUUUGGGCAGUGAAAAAGUCAGAUGAGCUUUCUCUUCUUUCCACAAUUAACACGAACUCACUUGUUCCUUUACCUUUUGAUGUGCUUCAUCUCGAGAUACUUAUUCGAGAUAACUUAUUUAUGGUCAGCUCGAGAACAAGAAUCUCCGUUUGUGAAAAUGCCAUAUCUGCUCUAGUUAGUGCCAUAUCUGCUCUAGUUAGCACAGGGAAUAAAACAUGGUUUGGAGCUUAUAUGAUAUCAUCAACAGUUGGCUUGGUCCUGUUAAUUACUUUACUAAAUGUCUUUUAUAUAACCCCAUUUAAUAUAACUAAUUGGUGGCAUCAAGGAUUGCUUCUUCUAGCGUGCAUGGUUGGCGGUGUUGUAAUCUUUGGUGGUGCUGUGGUUGCUUUAUGGCAUAUCUGGGAGAAGAGAAACUUAGCAAAGAUCAAUGGUGGACAGGGAAAUGAACACACAGUAAACGAGGAUUCAUUUUUGGAAAAUCUUGCUGGCUCAACUACUGUUCAGUACGGUUCAAGACCAGACUUUAAAGAAAUUUUUGGAUCCGUAUCUAAGCUCUGGGGCGAUGUUGAUGUGGGAGUGAUAGUAUGUGGUCCUCCAAAUCUGGAGUCAAGUGUUGCUGCAGAAUGCAGAUCAAUUAACAUGUGCAGAAAAUCCGAAGACUGCGGGGGUGUAAUAGAAUAUGUAAUAUUCUGUUGGUAUAAUUAG